AACAAUUGUCAUGUCAAAAUAUAUAAUUUCGUAAAAAAUCUGAACUUUUAGUUCAAUUUAUAUAAUACUUAUAUUUUUAGUCAUAAUAUCGGAAAAUUGCACAAUUUCUACUUCUUCUAAUGAUUCAACAAUUCAGCAAAAAUUAUAUUCAUUUUAAAUUCACUUCUUCCAAAUAUCCCACCAAACAGCAUAAUAGUUUAUGUUACUUACUAGUUAGCCAAAAAGGGUACGAUGGGUAGCGAAAAAAGGGACAUAGACUCACCGCUUCAAAAUGCUACUUACUAGUUACUUGUUACAGAUCUUUGUUUUCUAUAUUUCCAAUAUAUUAAAUUUCCAAGUAAUCUUAUCACAUAACCUGUUAUGAAUAAUCUGGAUUUUGAUAUCUACCCAAAUAAGACUAUAAGACUUGUAUAUGGUAUUGUAGCUGAACAAACAUAAAGGAAUGUAUGUGACUUCAAUUUUCUUUGCUUGGUUGCUUGCUUCUUUUUUGCUUUCAUAGGACUACUGUGGUACAGCGUACAACUUUAUAAAUUAUUCAAUGUACUUAGUUAGGAUUCGUAGGAGGACUAGAACUCCCUCCUUUACCUCCACUCUCUUAAACAAUGUAUUAGCAGGUACAGAGUAGAAUGCGAGUCAGAUUCAGUUAAACUCUGAAUAAGUCAACAGGAUGGAUGGCGAAACGUCAGCAAAUUCGAUUUAUCAACAACUGACUCAGAAAAAAUAAAGAAGUUUUGUAAAUAGUAGCAGUUUCAGUUUUAAGCACUAAUAUACUCAAUACUCCUUAGAUUGCCACCUUAUCACUGAUGAGUAAUUUUAUUUCAUAUGCAUUCAUUGUUUAUAUAAUUAUACGCAACAUUACAAUUACAAUCCAGCAAAGUAAAAGUAGGGCAACUCAUGAUUAUAUGAGCAAACACAAAGAACAUAAUGAUUGCUUAGAUAGGGAGUUUUUAGAAUUAAGGAAAACGCGACAAGCAAUAUAAAAUAUACAAAAAGUAAAAUACCCAAAUAAUUUGCAAAAAUAGCUGCCGCUGAAGUUGAAAAUAAAUGUAAAAAAAUUGAGAUUUUUUUUAAUGAGAAAUGGGAACAAACCGACGCAUAUCAGAAAAGGCAGUGGAAAGUUAUAAAGGAAUUAAUAAAAGAAAAAAAAAAGAUUCUCAGAAAUAAAGAAUAUUGAAUAAAUGGUCCGCAGUAUUAAUAACGAGUAGUUGUGUAGUUCUGCCUGUUUCAGUAAUAUCUAAGUAAUGGAAUCAAUUUUUCUAUGCGAAAUAGAUAACCUAGAAAUCUUACAGAUAAUAAACAACUUAAACAUCAAGUUCUCAGCAUUUAUAGAUAAAACUGGAUAACUCGGGAAGUUAGAUAAUUAUAGGUCAAUAAUAGCAAAAAAAAUAGCGAAAAAUUGUAGAAUGAGCCUACAAGAAACACAUAAUAAAAAGCUUGAUAAUGAGUACUUGUGAGUAAAAUAUAAAAAAUAAGUAUUAUGCUCAUAUAUUUCUCACGCCAUACCUUAAAGAUAGAGUACAAUAAACUCUUAUAAAUAAAGAAUUUAUGGACUCUUGGCUAAUAAUUUUUAAAAAUCUACUCUGUGUUGUCCACAUAAAAAAUGCGGUCAGCUGUAAAUUUCUUUGAUUCCUAGAUUUGUUCUAGAAGAUCGUGGAACUUAUCAGUACAUUAUUUUGUGAAACCAAGAACUCUUGCGAAACAACUAUCGGUGGGCUUCCGACCCCCUUAGCCAAUAUCGGUCAGCUGCAUUAUUAUUAAAUUUCGAGUUAAUCCGUAUAAUUUGGACUCCAUUUUAAGCGCAUAUUACAGAAAAAGAGAUUCAAAGCUUUUAUCAAAAGCAGGUUUUCUCAAAAUGUUUUUGGGUUGGUGUGUCCUUUUCAGCAAAUAGUGGUAAUGUGGUUCUUGGUACCUUGAAGUGGCCUUAAGGUAUCCAACUUUUUUCUGCCUUACUGCUAGCACAGCAGCGGGCAUAUCUUCUGGAUUCCAGUUCUGUUUCUUUUUAGGAGUUUUGUUGGAUGUCAUGACUGAACGAAAGUAAAAAUCAAAAAAUUAAUAUAAUUUGGAAUAUUCCAAUUUUGCUUCAUUUAUGGUACUCCAAAUUAACAACAUUAGCGCCCACUUCAUAAUCCGUUAAAAAAAUAAAUGCUUUAGCUCACCAAAAAAAUACAGUUAAUAAAUAAAAAUAUAAACUUUUACUUACUUGAGGACGCAACUAACGUUACUUUAAAAAUAAAAAUCCAGGCGAUGAUUGUCCAUUCAAUUCAACUAAAAAAGUUUUAGAUACGCAACUAUUAAUUUUUAAAAUAUGUUUGUCCCCCUACCAUCGAUUAAAUUAACUACAAAGUCAGUUGUCCACUAAAAGAGGUUAAACUAAUGGUUUAUACCAUAUUUAACGCGAUAGCAGAGUUUCAAUAUUUUGUAUUUCAAUUUCUUUACCACUACCCUGGCCAGUUUGAUAUAUCGGCCCAAAAAUUCCUACGAGCAAUAGCGUCAAUAGCAUCAUUACCAAUAAUCUUAAUUCGGGCCUCUACGCGCUCGCGUUCAAACAAUUAAAAUUUUACCGAUUUUACGAAACAUCGAAAACAAUAUUGUUAUUUUAUUUGUACGGCGGUUGGUAAUCGACCUGCUAGAUACCUCAUUAUCGUCCAAUUCAAUUAAGUGGCCCGAUAAGCACCUAAAGGGUACGUAGUUGCCAUUCAUGUGACUGCUGUUCAGUUUUUGCCCGGGUUUGAAACAACAGCGUUCAAGUGACGAUAUAGAAAAGUUAGUGCCAAAGGAAACAGGCCCACGACCGGUACAACAUGGGGUCGUUGUUCAGAAGCGAGGAAAUGGCGUUAGCGCAGCUGUUCAUCCAACCGGAGGCGGCUUACUUUGUCGUAUCGGAGUUGGGUGAGACUGGAUGCGUGCAAUUCAGAGACCUGAAUGAGGAGACCAAUGUGUUCCAACGACAAUUCGUCAGCGAGGUCAGGCGGUGCGAAGAGAUGGAAAAGAAGCUGAGGUACAUCGAGCAGGAAGUGAAGAGGGACGACGUCUUCGUACCCGACAUGAGAGAGCUGCCCAUGGCGCCGAAUCCCCGACAAAUCAUCGACUUGGAAGCGCACCUGGAGAAAACCGAGGCGGACAUCAGGGAACUGUCGGAAAACACCGCGACUCUCAAAUCGGACUUGAACGAACUGGUCCAGAUGAAACACGUGCUAGAAAAGGCCCAAAACUUCUUCAAUCAGAGGGAAGAGGUGACCCACGAUCCCAACUGGAGUCCCGACGACGUCGAAGGAGACACGCCUCUGGGAUACGUAGCCGGAGUAAUUAACCAGGAGAAGUUCUACCCAUUCGAGAAGAUCCUUUGGAGGAUCGGCAGGGGCAACAUCUUCGUUAAGUAUGACGAGAUCAACGAGGCGUUGGAUGAUCCCAAAACGGGGACGAGGAACAAGAAAGUGGCCUUUAUGGCUUUCUUCCAAGGUUCCAACUUGCAAAGUCGUGUCAAGAAGAUCUGUGCUGGAUUUCACGUGUCGCUCUGCGAAUGUCCACAUUCCGCGAGCAGCAGACGAGAGAGGCUGAUUUCAAUAGCUACUGAUGUAGCAGACAUUGAGACGGUCCUCAACCAAACCAUGGACCACAGACGGCGGCUGCUGCAUACCGUGGCCAAGGAGCUCGCCAAUUGGACGGUGAUGGUGUGCAAGAUGAAAGCUAUUUACCAUACUCUAAACCUGUUGAGCGUGGACGUUUCUAAGAAGUUCCUGAUAGGUGAAGCCUGGGUUCCCACCGCCGAUAUGCACUUGGUAGAGAACGCGCUGACACAAGGCUCGAUAUCCUGCGGAAGCACGGUGCCUUCCUUUUUGAACAUUAUCGAGACCAAGGAGACCCCACCCACCUUCAAUAGGACCAACAAGUUCACCCAGGGGUUUCAGAAUUUGAUUUCGUCAUACGCGUUCGCUUCCUACAGGGAGUUGAACCCAGCUUUGUACACUAUCGUCACGUUUCCGUUCCUGUUUGCCGUGAUGUUUGGCGAUCUAGGCCACGGAGCGAUAAUGUUCCUCAGCGGGUUAUCCUUGGUGCUACUGGAGAAAAAACUGGAAAGGCGAAAGGACAUGGGCGAAAUAUUCAACAUAUUCUUCGCCGGAAGGUACAUUAUCCUCCUCAUGGGGCUGUUUUCCAUGUACACCGGAUUCAUCUACAACGAUAUCUUCUCCAAGUCGAUGAACAUCUUCGGCACCAAGUGGAAAGUGAUGUACGACACGUUGCCGGAGAACUCUAGCGAUUCGUACUAUCAAUUCGUUCCGCGAAUCAACUUCGAGGGGGAUCCCUAUUGGGCGGGAGUGGAUCCUGCCUGGCAGAGCGCGGAAAACAAGAUCAUAUUCCUCAACUCCUUCAAGAUGAAACUGUCCAUUAUUAUAGGGGUGGUGCACAUGGUGUUCGGAAUAGUACUUAGUACCGUCAACUUUAUACACUUGAAAAAAUACUCAGCUUUACUUCUUGAUUUCCUUCCCAAGAUACUGUUCUUCUUCCUGAUGUUUGUAUACCUGGUGGUGAUGGUUUUCAUGAAAUACACUAUGUACUCGGGACUAUACGACGGGGCAAAUGACACAGAUACAUCUCCAGGAGUAGAUACUGUGCAUGGGUCAUCUUGCGCACCUUCUGUGCUAAUCUACUUCAUCGACAUGAUGCUAUUCAAGCAGCCAGACGCCACUGAUCCCUGCGAAAAGUACAUGUAUCCAAGUCAGGAGAUCAUCCAGAAGAUGUUCAUCUUCGUCGCCCUCAUUUGCAUACCCUUCCUGUUGCUGGGGACGCCGCUGUACGAGAUGCAAAAGAGGAAGAGGUCACAUCGCGCCCAGGGUGUCAACCAUGUAGAAAACGGCUACCGGAACGGACAAGUGAAUCAAGCGAUGGAAAUGGACAGCCGAGAAAGUAUGAAGCAAGCGCUCACACCGACCUCUACUGCGGAAGAGGGUCACGAGGAAGAAGAAGAACCGAUGAGCGAGAUUUUCGUUCACUCGGCGAUCCACACCAUCGAGUACACCUUGAGUACGGUGUCCCACACAGCUUCCUACCUCCGACUGUGGGCUCUGUCGUUAGCCCAUGCUCAGCUGUCCGAAGUGUUGUGGACGAUGGUAUUCCGCAAAGGGCUCACCAUGAGCGGCUACGUGGGGGUGGCGGCGGUGUUUAUAAUUUUCGCGGUCUGGGCCUUCUUCACGGUCGCCAUUUUGGUGUUGAUGGAGGGGCUGUCGGCGUUCUUGCACACCCUGCGUCUGCACUGGGUCGAGUUCAUGACCAAAUUCUACGAGGGGGCGGGCUAUGACUUCCGUCCGUUCAGCUUCAAGACGGUACUCGAACCCGAGGACUAGCCUCGCGACUUACUGCAUUAAAAUAUAUAGUGA